UUUUCUUGUAUAGUAAAAUAUCAACUCAAUGUGUUAACAAAAAAAAAAGUCUUGGAGUCUGUAGGAAAAUAUUUUUGGAAACUGCGAAAAUGUUUAAGUAUGUGAAGUUUGGCGUAAAAACAGGGAUUGCAGGUGCUGCCAUCUACUACACAGUCCAAGAAGGUCUGUGGGAUGAUGCAGAGAGGAGUGAGCAACUAUACAAGAAGAUAUGUUCAACUGCUCUUCCAUACAUCAAGGAAGUGCCUGUAGAGGUUCCUGAUUUACCGAAGAUUGAUGACAUGUGCCACGGAGCUCAGAGUUAUUGGAACAAAGGUAUCAAAAUUUCAUUUUCCUUCCUCGGGGAUCUUCCGCAGCAUGUCACUACGUGGACAAAAACUGGCAUCUUGAAAGUCUCUGAGCAGUUGCAGCAGUUAAGUUCUGGGGCAGAAGAACCAAAGAAAAACUGAAACAUGGAACUUCCUAGUUUGAACCUUUGAUUGUUGAUGUACAUAUUAGUAGUGUUAUAUAAAUAAUUUUUUUUUUUAAA